GAUCAUCUUAUAUGUGUUUUGUUUCCGUCUUAUACUAGUUAUACUAUUUGAAAUAUAAAACGACGAGAUUAUGAAAGAUUUUAGAUUAAUUGGCCACGGUUUCCAAAAGUUGAUGACGGUGAUUAAAAAUAAAAUCAACGACGCUGUGCAGUUAAGGGAAACAGGCACCAGCUCCAAAUCUGAUCUUUACCAAUAAACACACGCUGUCCUCAGACAAGAUGGAGGAAAAGGCAGACGCAGGAACGCGAAAGAAAAUGUUCGGGUUAACAAUAGGACUGAUAGUAACAGGGCUGGUUGCAGUGGUGCUGCUGGGGGUGCUAAUUUGGGCUGUUAACAGCAAGAAAGGACUGGUUUCACCCCCGGACCAAGGAUUUGUCAGAGCUUCAGCAGCUAUGGGCAGCAAUAUGGACGCUACCGCUGACCCCUGUUCUGACUUCGCUACAUACGCUUGUGGCGGCUGGAUGAAAAAGCACGUUAUCCCGGAUGACAUGGACCAGUGGUCAAACUUUGUCAUCUUACGGGACGAAACUGCAGUUACUCUACUAAAUCUUGUUACUGCUUUAUUAGACGAAACAAUUGAUGACGCUAAUCCUAGACCAGACUAUGAGAAGAAGAUGCUGGAUUUCUACACUAGCUGCUCCGACACUACAGAAAUGGAUAAGACUGAAACGGCUGACGAGUUACAUGACAAAGUUCAAAAAAUCAUGACGGCGCCCAAUAUUCCACCAGUAAUGGAAACAGCCGCAUCGCAGGGUAUCAACGUGUUCUAUCUGCUAUAUGUGGAGCCAGAUAACAAUGACCCCAACAUUAAUUGUAUAUACAUGGUGCAGGGAGCCCUAGGAAUGACGCUUAAAGAAGAGUACAACAAUGAUGACCCAAAAGAGGAUAUCAAAGCGAAACAAGGCUAUUAUAAAGAAUAUCUCAAGAAGCUUUGGAAGAAUUACGACUCAAAUGCGUCAGAUGGGGAUUUGAAUACUACAGUGAGCUUGAUCUACGACUUCGAAUCAUGUGUUGCAGAGGGAAUGAACAAUCCGGACGAAGAGAGAUCAGCCUUUGCCGACAUGCCUAGUAAACUAUAUAGCGAAGUUAAAGUGGCAGACUUUGAAGACAAAUUGCAGAUAAUGUCUUCCUACAAAUACAGGAGAACGGACAUGGAGGAUGUGCCAGACGAUACUAAGAUUUAUUAUCACGAAAAUUAUAUCACAAAAGUUAAGGAUUGUGUCGAUACCCAUUUGAGUGAAGAGAGUGAUUUCAAGACGUACGUAGGGACGAGGUUCAUGCUCCAGUACGCUCCAGCGGGUAAGGAGAGUUGGAGGAAGCUGUGGUGGGAUAACCAGCAACAUGUCACUAAAGUUGCAGUCAAACCAGCUAGAUGGAAGACGUGUCUCUCAGCGAUCACGUCUUACAUGCCCGAAGUAGUGGGUCGGAUAUUUGCUGAUGAGGCCUUUAAGGAGGACGCCAAAAAGGAUACGUUGGAGAUGAUUCAGGACAUUAAGAACGCCUUUAAACAAAUCUUACCGAACUUGGCAUGGAUGGACGAAAAAACAAGGGCCAAUGCGAUAGAGAAAGCGGACAACGUUGAUAACAAGAUAGGUUAUGCGGAGUGGAUUACUGAUGAUACCAAGCUCAACGAAUACCUGAAGUCUAUAACAAUAUCCGCCGACAAUCUGUUGUCGAACACAAUGUCAGCUGACAAAGCUCUCAGUAAGAAGAGUUUUGAUUACGCUGGGGGUAAAGUUAACAAAGAUAAAUGGUACAUGUCUCCAGCAACUGUAAACGCCUAUUACAACCCUAAGGGAAACGAGAUGGUAUUCCCGGCCGCUAUACUCCAACCCCCAUUCUAUCACGUGACAUAUCCAGCGUACGUCAACUACGGGGCGAUUGGUGUGGUUAUUGGACACGAACUCACUCACGGAUUCGAUGAUAACGGUCGCCUGUAUGAUAAGGACGGGUAUCUAAAAGAGUGGUAUACUGAUGAGGCAAAGAAGGGGUUCCAAGAGCGAGCAAACUGCAUGAUCAACCAAUACAGCGGCUAUACCGUCAUGGGUUCAAAGGUGAACGGUAAUUUGACACUUGGGGAGAACAUAGCAGACAACGGAGGAGUGAAGCAAGCCUACAUAGCCUACCAGAAUUGGGUGAAAAGGAACGGCGAGGAGGCGACCUUACCUGGACUGGAUUUAACAAAUGAGCAAGCCUUCUUCCUCUCGUAUGCUCAGAUCUGGUGUCAGAAGAAGACCAAAGAAGCGUUCGAGCUGAUGACAAAAGUUGAUCCACACAGUCCAGGAAUAUUCAGGAUAGAAGGUCCUCUCGUCAACUCCAAAGAAUUUUCCAAAGCUUUCAAAUGUUCUUCUGAAACCCCCAUGAACCCAACAGACAAAUGUGAAGUGUGGUGAUAUCUGCACCUAUUAGGGCUAGGCUAAUGCCAUGUUUUUUAACUGAUUUGUAGCUGUGAACGAUGCUAGGUUAAAUAUUUUUACGGUAAACCAGUGGUCUGGGUCUGGAGGAAUACUGAAAUUACCCCCUGAAGUUGAUCGCGAUUGUCCUGGAGCAGUGCCAUCAGGAAUUUAUAUUUCAUUUGUUGAACCACUCCCAGAAUCCCCCACAAUUACAGACGCGCAAGUCAUAUUAACACCCUUGAACUUUGAUUACUGUCUGUCGAUCACGAUAUUCUAAUUUAUUCGCCCUACCAUAAUCUGUUGUGAUUAAAUUUUAUUGUUUUUAUAUUGUUCGUUUAUCACAAACCUGUGUUAUUUCUGGUAA